AUGAACAAGAGACUCUCGAAGCUUCUUAGUGUGACGGGAGGCUCAGCGGCAGAGACCUUAAAUCAGUUCAUCAUGGAGGGUAUUACGGUCGGAAAGACGAUCCCUUUGAGGCUACAGAUGAAAUGGGCCAAGACAGUGAAGCUAAAACCACUUGCAGCAAUCUACACUGAAGCUGGUCUUUACGACAAGGCCGCGUCUGCUUUGAAAUCAAUGGAGGAGAAGAUGAGUUUGGGAGACUUUGAACAAGGCUCGUCCUGA